ACAGCCUUUCCCUUGAUGGCCGAGGGCUGACUCGGGAGGCUCUCUUUCUUUCUCGGGGGAGCCUUCUCCUUCUUCUUCGGCUGGCAUGGGGCUGGGAAGGGGCUUUGGCGGUGGCGGUGGCGGGGCAGAGCCCUCCGGGGCCGCCCAGCUCCUGGCAGCCUCCCUCCUGAGCCUCUGCUUCCUGCUCCCUGGAGCCCACAAUGGGACCCCUGAGCCUCCCAUGGUUCUGGUGGAAGGAGACAGUCUCGCCCUGAGAUCCCAUCCUCUCCCAGAAAACGCCACUCGAUGUACUUGGUACCGAGGGACAGGCUUUAUGGGCCUCAUCUUUAGCCUUUCCCUCCCUGCAAGCAUCUUGCCCUCACUGUAUGGGCCUGGCUACACAGGGCAUGAGCGCAUGGACUGGGACUGCUCCAUUCGCUUCCGGAAGGUAGAAGUAAGGCACUCGGGAACCUACACACGCGAAGUGGAAGGGCCUGGGCUGGAAGAAACGUUGACACUGGACCUCCAGGUCGUAGAGAUUCUGUCCAAACCCACGCUGUCUAUCUCUUCCAAACGUUUUCCGAGAGAGGCCCUUGACUCCCUUCAACUGACAUGUGACACCAAGGCGACCCAUGCCAACAUCAGCUGGCUCUUGAACGGCAGUCGAGUGGAAACGAGCCCCCGAAUCCAGCUCUCCGACCGCAAUCGCACCCUGGCCAUCCAACAGGUUCUCCGUGAAGAUGCUGGGAAUUACCAGUGCCAAGUGUUCAAUUUAGCCUUCAACAAAAUAAGCAACGUCUUAUAUGUCCCUGUGGUCUAUCCUCCUUUUCCAGACAGCCUGGGAUCUGGAGCCAUUGCUGGGAUCGUCAUCGGGAGCUUGGCUGUGGGACUGGCGCUGGUGGGAGCCCUGGCUUACUUCUUUCUCCGGAUUAAUCGUAAAGGCAAGGAAACGGCUUCUGCAUCGGUCUCAUACGCACCUUCUUCCCAUGGGAAUGUUGUCCUUUAAGGAGAGAUUAUCACUGCGACCUUGCAACACGGAGGCCCACAUGUCUAUGAAGAAGCGAUUCUUAUGGAUGAACCAACCAGCAUCUCCUCUUCUGCUGCCUUUAGCUUGGACCACUUUCUUCCAUUCAGAUAAAAGCUGUUCCUUUCACCCUCGGCUGAGUGAUUUUAGGGGCUCACCCCAUUCUUCCCCAAAAGGCUACAAAUGGAUUUGGCUUCUUCAGCUUGAAAACACCCUCUUUUCCCAAACAAAGGAGACAGUUUGGAGCAUGGCGGCCAAUACUUGUAGACGCAUCCUGGGAGAACCUCUGCUCACAUGGAAAGAAUAUUUCCUAUUAUUCAUUUCUCAAAUAAAAAAAUAA